UGAUUUUGCAUUUCCAGGGGGAGAGAACUGUAUGUAAACAAUAUAGUUAUCUCCCCUGUCAGCUCCAGCACACUGUUUUGUAUGCCUCUGCAUAGCAUAGCAGGGCCCUACAAAGCAGUGUGCUUACAGUUGAAAGCAUACACACAGCUUACAGUAAAACAGCACACAUUUAACCCUUUGAUCACCCACACAUGUUAACCCCUUCCUGCCCAGUACCAUUAGUACAGUGUCCGUGCUUUUUAUUAGCACUGAUCACUGUAUUGGUGUCAAUGGGGAAGUCGGUGACACCAAGUCAGUUCCCCUCAGUGUCAGAAUGCCUGCCACAGUCCCGCUAU